UCCCGCGCGCUCUUCGCUAUUGUCUCAAACGCUCGAAGUGACAGGAGCCGCAUGCACCGGUAGCGCUCAGGAAAACGACGGAAUUCAGGUGAACUAAAGGUAUAGUCUGUGCAUCUCCAUGGUGUUUUGAUACAGAGCAGGAUGUGACAUCAGCAGUCUUCACGUCUUCUGCUCGUGCGGAUUGGGCAUGAGUGAGGAGCCCUGCCCUCAUUCGCCCAGCUGACCAAUCAGAAUGUUCGAGGUGAAGCCCAUAAGCGUGGAGAAGGACACAGCUGCAGAAACAGAUGAGGGCAGUAAGGUGUGUGACGGGGCUGUCAGCAGCUGCGGAGGGGAUUCGCUGUAUCUUUACGAGGGUCAGGACUGGGUCAUCUCCCCCUCCUGCUCUCUAGAGGAACCCAGCGCCAUCUCACCCAUGCUGGCCGAGGAAACCUUCCGCUACAUGACAUUUCUAGCUGUUGGUUCCUCUUCUCCUCAUAAUGGCUCUAACAGCCUCUCUAAAGUCCUCAGCGCUGACCGGGUUGAGCAGAUGACCAAGACCUACAAUGACAUUGACGUGGUCACACACCUCCUGGCUGAAAGGGACCGCGACCUGGAAUUGGCCGCUCGGAUCGGUCAGUCUCUCCUGCAGAGGAACCACGUGCUGCAGGAGCGAAACGAAUCUCUGGAGGAGCAGCUAGCGCAGGCCAUAGACCAAGUUCAUCAGCUUCAGCAUGAGUUGGCGAAGAAGGAUGAACUCCUCCGUAUGGUGGCGAGCGCCAGCGAGGAGAGCGAGACCGACUCCAGCUGCUCCACGCCGCUACGUCAUCCCGCAGGGGCCGCCCUCAGCCAGCUGGAGGCCCUGCAGUCCAAACUCCUGGAGCUGGAGGAGGAGAACCUGUCUCUGAGAUCAGAGGCCUGUCACCUGAAGACGGAGACCAUUACUUAUGAGGAGAAAGAACAGCAGCUGGUGAACGACUGCGUUAAAGAGCUACGGGAGUCAAACAGUCAGAUGGUGACACUGGCGGAUGAGCUCUCCCAGAAGAACGAGGAGUUAAUGAGACAUCAGGAGGAGAUUACACAUCUCCUCUCACAGAUCGUAGAGCUCCAGCAACGAGUCAAAGAGUUGGCACUAGAGAAAGAAGAGCUGAGAAUUCACCUGCAAGCCUCAAAGGAAGCACAACGGCAGCUCACAGCAGAGCUGAAGGAGCUGUCAGACAGGAAUGCAGAGUGUGUGGGAAUGUUGCACGAGUCUCAGGAGGAGAUUAAGGAGCUGCGCAGUAAGAACACGCCAUCUGCAGGCCUGGGCAGACACCUGUCGUACGGACUCUAUGCUAUGGAUUCUUUGGCAGCUGAGAUUGAAGGUAGUAUGAGAAGAGAGCUGAGUGUAGAAGAGGAAAUCACCUUUCAGGACCAGAGGUCGACCCAUAAGCGUGUGUUCCAGACGGUGCGGUCUGUCAAUCAGUCGGUGAUGAGAGCAGCUGCCGCAGUGCCUCCGAUCCCUGGCUCCGCCCGCAGCGGCGUGGUCAUGACCCCAGUGCCCUAUCAAUCACACACACCCAACACAGAGGAACGAGAUGGAGACGUGGACACCACCAAAGAGAACUCUCGUCUGGGUCAGCCCGGCUCUCCCAGAGGAAAUGACCUUACGUCAGCCCUAAACUGCCUCUCCCUGCGGAGGCAGAACUUCCUGUGCGAGCGACAGUUCUUCCAGGUUGAAAGAGAGCGGAAGCUGCAGGAGCUGGCGGCUGCGGAGUCAGAAGGGGGCGGGAGCAGCUGCAGUUCACCAAUGGGAAGCACCGUCUCAUCUUUCACCAACCUAUCAGAGUUCUCCAUCUCCUCCAGCUGUUUCAAGACAUUUCUGCCUGAAAAACUGCAAAUUGUUAAACCAAUGGAAGGUUCUCUGACUCUUCAUCACUGGCAGCAGCUCGCUAAACCUCACCUGGCCACCAUUCUAGACCCCCAUCCGGGCGUAGUUACCAAAGGCUUCCGCCCUCUCCCUCAGGACAGUGUUUACCACCUGAAUGACCUCGAAGAGGACGAAGACCAGGAGAAACUACCAUGGGAACAUAAGAGAAAAGAGGAGGAGCCACAGGAUGCAAAGAUAAAAGAGGAGGAGGAGGAGGAAGGAAUCACGUUUAAUGUGCGCUCAUCGUCAACUCCGGAAGAGAAGAGAGAGAGGAGGUGUGUCCAAAGUCCAGCUAAUGUCCCGCUCCUUCCUGCAUCCCUCAGGAAUUCCCCUGUGCCCAUAGCAAUGGCUGUUUCCUUAGCAACAGCAGUUAACCUGACAGCCAGCGCUGCUCCUGCAGUUAGUUCUGGAAUCUCAGGAUCAGCGGCUCCACAGUUUGAGCUGAAUCUCGGAUGUAAAGCGCCCUCUACAGCUAUAAAUCCUGGGAAAUAUCAGAGCUCCACUUUUUCCACAUACACCUUCACUACCUGCCGGAUCCUGCAUCCUAGUGACAGCACACAGGUGACACCCAGCUCUGCCUGUAGUCCUUCUGUGAGUGAUUACACCCCAAGUUCUCUCCGGACCGGUCCCAGCACUCCAGUCACACCCUGUAGGUUGAGUAUGGGCGAUUACCUGCUGGAGAAAGGCAUCUCUGCUCAGGGUCCCGCCGCUAUGGCGGCACCCAAAAAGCCUCUUUCUCUACGUCUUCGUCCCAGCACUCCUCCAAACUCCCCAUGCCCCUCCCCUGUGCCCUUCGACUCCCGAUCCACCUCUUCGGACAACUUCUUGGCGUCCCGUCCCGCUGAGCUCUUCCUGCAAGAUGUUUACGGGCUGAAACUUGGCCGUGCCCCGCGACCGGAUCUCCUCAGCCCUGAACGAUCCCCUCAUGGGCAAUCGAUCAAACCCGACUGCCACGCCGUCAACCUCAUGGAGCAUCUCCGCAAACUAGGCUUGGAUAAAAAAGUCCUCCAAGGGUCAGACGCCGAAGGCACACAUCCACAGGAAUCUGCCACCUUCCUAGCAACAGGAGGCGGCAGCUUAUUGGAUGGGCUUCGGCGAAAUCAAAGUCUGCCUGCUAUGGUUGGCCGCCGUAGCGCAUCUGUCUCCAGUCCGUCCUUUCCUGUCCCGCCCCCUCACCCUACUCACCUCGCCCUUCCCACUCCACCAUGGAGGAAUCUAAACGAACCGCGCCGCACACGUAGACACGCCUCCCUUUCUCAGGCCCCGCCCCACUUGCAUAAUUCAUAAGAAUGUGGGCGUGGUCUCUGACCAACAGGAGUGACUUUAUAUCUAUCCCUCAUAUCCUUGAUUAAACCAUCUGCUCCUUGGAAAAAGAGGCUGAAAGACAUUUAAGGUUGUUUUUAAAGCACAAAAAUGAAGUUAAAGUGUCUUGUUGCCAUGUUUAUGUAAAAAUGAAGAUUUUAAAGGCCUUGAAGCACUCAAGAGGAAACAGAUUUCUAAUCCCAUUUUUCCCAGUCUAAAUUUCUUUUUUCCUUUAUUGUUCAUUUAUGUCUUUAUCCUUUAUUUAGUUUCCUUAACAAGUCAUGGCACUUAUUUUCUCUCCAUUAACACGUGAGGCUGUGGAGCUGUGAAGUGGUGGAUAGAUCAGGAAGGGAUAUGUACGUGUCGAGGGUUGUUGAAUGUUGAAUCGAUGGAAAGAAGUUAAAGGAAUGCUAUAAAGGACUGGAAAUAUGAGGGUUUCUGUAGGUUUAAUGUGAAUUUACUGUCACUUUGAUUCACCCUAGUGAAUCAUAUGAACAAGAUUGAGGUGAUGAACACGAACGAGAAUGGAAUAUGGCAAGUGAAAUGGAUGGUCGCAUCUCCACAGCUUCAUUUUAGGGGUUUGUCUUAAUUCACUCAGCAGUUCCUGAAAGUUUCUCUGUGUAGUUGUUCAGUCUGUCCUGCAUUAUAGAUAGCUAAAGCCUUUUAGACAUUUAGUAGAACAUCUACCUGCCCAUAUUGUCUAUUUUUUGCAUCGUUACAGGUACAGAUGAAAGGUCUAAGCAAGCAUUUGUGUCCCUUAGUAUGCUGGUGUAUCUGGACAUAAGCUCCUCUUAUUUCUUUGCACUGAAUCAACUGGUUAUUGGGAAGUUUUGUCACAAAAGAGCAGACCUGGAGUGCUCAGGAUAUAUUUGGGUUUGUAAAGGCACGUGUUCUGCUACAUGUAACCUUGUUGAAAUAAUAUUCAGGGACUGUGUAUUUAAGGGAAAUGAGUGAUUUGUUCAUAUGUACAGUCAAAAGGCAUCACUGCAGAUUGUACUUUAAGUUUAGCUUAAGAGGAUUCUGCAACUGAAACCUGAAGAGAAGGGAGUUUGCAUUUACCCCUCUUAAAUAUAAAGCAUAGAAAUUGUAUUUUAGUGAAUACAGAAACCUUUCUAAAGUAGCCCUAAAGAUGGUCAACCAUUAUAUUACAUGGUCUUGACACUUUGACCCCUGAAUUAAUUCCUUAAAGACACCGAAUGUGCUUCCUUGUCAUCUUCACUGAUUUCCCUUCUUUCCUCAUUUUAUGCACUUUUCAUUUUUAACCCACUAGAAUUGUGUUUUUAGUAAAUAGGCAUUACGUGUGUUAUCUAACAAUAAGGUAAGAAUAGAGUAUGUUAAUACAUUUAACCUGAGACAGCUAAUAUUAUUUACUAACCUUUCAGCUAAGAGUGGGAUUUUAAUAUAUUUCAUGUUUUUGGUGGAGUUUGAGAAGGGACUCUAGUUUCAUCUAGUUUCUGAAUUGUCAUUUUCUAAGCCAAAAUGUAUGUGGAUGUGUUUGUUUUUGUGGUAAACGGACUUUUGUGCUUUGUAGUAAAUGACAUGAUGACAGCACAACCAUCAGUUUGGUUCAGAAACGGUUGCAGGAGUGACAUUUAGUGAGCUUUUGUCAACUAUGCCAAGAACACAAACAAAUCUAAAUGUGGUUCAAACUAAACUUGGUAAAAUCAAUCACAUCAUAUCACCUCUUCAGAACAAUACCAGCAUGUUUGCUGCAUUUAUACAUCACUAGCUUUCUCUCUGUUCCCAGCUGAAGUGUACUAAACGCAUGACUUGAUUUCUGUAUCAAAGUGUCUUUAUUUACAUCCUGCUGUUGAUGUCAAUAAGCUCUCUGCUGCCAUUGAGGUCAAAGGUCAAUGCUUGAAGAUGAUGCCACAAGCUGUGACAUCAAGCACCAUGUGAUUUCUUUUGUGCUGUUGACAUGGUGUGUUUUCCUGUGUUUAGCUGUCAGAACCCUGUGUCAGCCGUGUAUUGUUGGAUUUUUUUAUAAUAAAACAUGCAAAUUCAACUUCGGUGUCCCUGGUAUUUCAUCCCGAGGAGUUUGAUAACUAUACACAGGAGCUAAAAUGUUCUUUUUAUUCAAGUUAAUUUUAAGUGUACAAACAAUUUUGGUAUAUUAUACUGACAGUACAAAUCAUUAUUAUAUUGCUUUACAU